GCAGCCAAUCAGCACCGAGGAAGCGUUUAAAUGUACAGGGUCCUCUGUGCAUGGAAGUUGCACGAAAACACCAUGGCUGAGGUGCAGUUAACGUGAGAAAUCAACGGCCUGCUCUCCAAACCAGCUACCUCGCCGGAGGGGAGAACAAUAACAUCACCCUUCUUGAGCCAGGAUGGAAAUCCCUGAUGAGAGAGAUUGGAUUACUGUUGCCAAUGACCUUCUUAGCAAGUGCCAUAUCAAUCGGAGGGUGACAAAGCUCUGCGAAUGCGAUGCAAGUGUGUUUGUUGCACUUUAUGAAGCUAUUCUAGGUGAAAAGGUCCCAGACUACAUAGCUACCCCCAAAAGUCAAGAAGAUGAUGCCCAUAAUGUACAGGCUGUGAUAGAUUCACUGGCUUUGGAUUACUUGCAAAUCAGUUUGUCUCACAUAACUGGAGAGAAUAUUAUUCAGAAUAACAAAGAAAGUAUCCGAAAUCUUUUGGAAAUCUUUGAUGGUUUACUGGAAUAUCUUACAGAACAGAUAAGUGAGGCAUCCUCGCAGCAUGGUGAUCCUGACCUACUAUCCAGUGAAGCAAUAUCUGUAAUUAGAGGUGUACUUCAAGAGGAGCUAGGAGUUUCUCAUGAAGAGAAGUUGCCUGGAACAGGAGACCACUUGUCAAAAGACUCAUCAUCUUCAGUUCCUACCUGGGAUGGAGAUGGAUCUGAAUCCACUAAUGAACUCAUCCGGCUUGGUGAAUCUGCUUGUACAUAUAGCCACAGAAUGAGCACGGACCUACCUGAAUUUCGGUGGAGUACUGGCCAGCAGUCAGAAAAGCAAUUGAAGAUGGGGACCCAAGAGCAAAAUGGGAUUUGUUCCUUUCCUGCUAGUUCUGUCAUUCCACAUGACACUAAUCAGGAAGAAAUUCUGAAAUCGGGAAGGUCUCCAGAUAUUUUGCCUGUUGGAACUCAUGCCAUUGGACCAAGUACUAAUGCUCUGCAGCUUGGGGAACCCAUUCGGCCUGCUAUCCCUUUGCAGUCCCCAUACCACCCUGCCAAGUACAAGUGUCCAAUCCAAGGUGUGAAUCUGAUCAAUUCUCAGCCCAGCUCCCAUUCAGUGAACAAUUUUAUGGUCAGUCAAGAAGUUCAUCUUGAUUCCCAGAGAAAAAGUCCAACCCUUGCCGAAGGACCAAAAGUGGAACCAGCAUCUAAAGGCUGUAAUGUACCAGAGAGAAGUGAAAAAUGUUCUACAAACAAGUCACUACCAAGUUUACCCUUGGGUUCCUUAAAGGAAGAUGCACUACAGGAGUUGCAAGCUGCUGGACAUGUUUCAGAGAGGAACCAGGAAUUGCAGAGCACUGCAGGAACUACUGUCGCAAAUUCCAUCAGUGUUCAGAAACGAGUUGCAUUCCAAACAGAACCAGAUAUCAGAAUGUUGACCAUGCAGAGUAAAACUGAUCAAUGGGAUAAGCUGUUGGAAGAAGGGGUGACAAACCAGUGGGAGGAUUUGGCAACAAGAGACUCCAGCCAGAAUGACAUUGAAAAGGAACUUUCUUCAUUGCCAAUUAACCAUAAAGAUCAAAGUGAUCUAAGUGUUUCGUUUCGAGAUGAACCUCUUUCUCGGCGAAGAGCCCGGAAUAUCCUUGCAGAGGAGGAACUACAUGAAAUGUCUGAGAAGCUGUCUCAGAAAUUGCGUCAGCUCGAUCUGAUGCUGAAACGAGCCCUGAGUGACAAAUGUGAAGUUCACGAUUUUAAAGAAGAAGAUAAAUUAUCGCAACACAGUGACAGCAUCACAGAAUAUCGAAGAAUCCAUCGUUUGCCAGCGACACCACUUCUCAAGAAGCCAGCCCGUGCCCGAGCACGCUCUCUCUCGCCAUCACCCCCUCGACAAACACUACAGGCUGAGUUUGAAGAUGCCCUCAACAAAGAUUCAAAGGGAGAAAUGAGGAGAAUUCGCAGAGAGCUGCAGCAGGAAAUGGACCUGCAAAGAAUGAAAGCAAAGGUAGUGAAUGAGUGUUACAGAGAAGAAUUGGAAAAUUACAAGAAAAAAGAGAAAGCUAAAAUUGGAAGAGAAAAAACUAAAGUCAAGAAAACAGAAAAAGAAUAUAAAGAAAACAUCUUCAAAGAGGCUCCGAGAACCCCUCAGCCAGCAAGAGUUUAUUCUGCAAAAACCACACCACGAAAGCCAAAGCACGGCCAGUGGACACUGACAGGAUUGACGAAGCCAAAGAAAGCAACACCGAUGAAGAUACAUGAUAAUGACCUCCUUCCUUUACUAUUGGAUGAAUUCCCCUAUCUGUCGGUAUCUCCACACACAAUGAAUAGAAUGUGGAAGCAGCAGUUCAAACAGAUAGAACAGCUGACUAAGUCCAGUUCUGAACAAGACCGGAACCAAGCCAAACUCCAAUCAGCGAUUGAAGAUGCCCAAAGAAAGCACGAUCUGCUGAUGGACAUCAUUAAGAAGGAGCAGGAUCACAACCAGCGGCUGAAAGAGUUUAAGGAACGAAUCCGGCAGCAGAAGUUGGCCCAGAACAAGAUAAAGGAGCAAAGACAACAGAUUGCCCGUGCCAAGAAGUACUACAAUGACUACCAUGUCCAACUCCGGGCAAAGAUGAUGCGAGCGAGGACCCGUGAAGAAAGGAUCUUCAAGAACUUGUUUGAGGGGGGUUUGCAGAUUCAGAAGCAGAGGCUGCGUGAAUUGAAGGCUUACGCCAAGGAGAAACGGCAGGAGCACAAGAAACGACAAAAGGAAGAGUUGCAGUCAAUGGAGAAUUAUUAUAGAGAUCAGUUUUUAAUGUUGGCAGAAACUCUGGCGCAAGAGCAGCAGAAAGUUCACUUGCGAGAGACUGCACAAAACAAGGCCCUCCAAAAGUUGAAGAAUGAACUACGUGCGAAGAUGGAGAAGGAGAUCCGUGAACUGCAGGAAAUGAUUACCCGGGAUGAUGACGACGUGUACUUCAGAGAACUGGAGGCAGAGCGUGUACAGCGCCAACUGCAGAUGGCAUUGUUCCAGUACAGCAAGACCCCAUCAUCUUAAAUACUUGCUGUUCGGUGAACUAGGUUCUUGUGCUUUUUUUUUGGAGAAAGGGCUCAACUAAUGAAAAUACCGUGAUAAGUUCCUAAAGCUCAGAUGUACAUAAGUGGAAAUGCAUUCAGCUGCAGUAGGGUGAGGUCAUAUAUUCUGCCAUUUAAAUUGUUGCCAGGCUUGUCUUUCAACAAAUCCUUAAAAUUUACAUAUAAAUAGGAACAGGUAACUGGUAGUCUAAAGGUCAGUCUUACCACACUGUACAGUCCAUGAAGACUUUGCUGGCUCCCAAGAUGUUUUAAUAUAAAUACUGCUUUAAUUAUUGCUAUUCUUCCCAGAUCUAUGCUGAAUUAGUGAUCAAACCUUUCUACUGUAUGAGGAGCCUGAAACACUGGCUGGAUAUCAGCUGUGCUUUCAGCUACUUGACCAUCCUCAGCACCCUAGUGUUAUCUUUACAUGGUUGUUUACACAAUAUUGCUGUUUGACACUAAUACUGAAAAGCUCAUGUAUUCCAAGAUUACUUUGUACAUUUAUUUUGUACAGUGGAUAACUAGACUAGUGUAUUGAAGGAUAUUGCAUUAACAAUUUUUCUAAUGUGAUCAUGUUUUUGAAACUAAUUUAUUAAAUUUUUUGCUACCCAAAUAUUUCUAAGUAAACACUUACUAUGAGCUCUAGGUAGUCCAUGCUCUAGGCUUGUUCUCGCUCAGCAGCCCUUGCAUCAAAACAAGCAGGGGUAUUACUUCAUUGCAAGGUGCAUUAAUUUGAGGACCUCAGUUUUAACCAAUCAUUCUAAUCACCAGGUUGGUGCAACUUUUGUAAAGACUACAUCACAGCCAAAUUUUCAAUUAGAUUAAUGGUAAACUAUUGAUCAGAACACUUAAGUCAUCUGACUUAAUUGAAUGAUGCUAGAAGCAGCCUUAAUCAAAUGUUGUUCUUAAAUAGGGACAGCUGUUUGAGACAAGCGGGAAACCAAGAUCUGGGCCUGGCAGGUGGUGGGAUGUGUUGGCUGCUGAGCUGUUUCACAAUCAUGGUUGGCUUUGUCCAUAUGGACCCAAGUCAGGCCCUGCGUUCUAUUUAACACAUGUAGGCAGAUACAACAGCUGUUUAGCUCUAGUUGAAUAUAAGCAGAGAUAUUUUUAUUCCACUUUUGUGGAAAGAGGGAGGAUCACAGUUCAACAGCAGAAGUCUGUUGUUGAAGCACUGAACUUGGAAAGCAUCUUGCCUCUCUGAACAUGGUGGUUUGGAUACUUAGAGAAGCCAGCAAAAUUAUGCUUUGAGCCUGGGUGGAAUGAAGUGAAACUGUGACAGAGAAGAGGGCAUGGUACAAGUUGGCAUAGAGGGGAAGGAGUUGUGAUCAUGGCCUUCACUGACCACUGGAAAUUAGUUUUGACAGUUUAGUGGUGCUGAUCUUCAUGUGUUCUGUUACUGUGCUGUUCCCACCAUUGCUUAAGUUCCCAGUUGAAAAUAACAGUAUCUAAAUGAUACUUGCUAACAUUUUCAAGCAGAAAAUCUGAUGAGGUCUACAACCAAAACUAUUGCACUGACAACUACAGCUGUACAAGAAUUAUUUUUUUUAUAUAGUGAAAUGGUAAAUUCAGUGUUGUGGUGAGGGAAAAUGAUUUAAGAUGGGAUGAGACAAAUGUAGAAUUACUUUAUAAUAAGCACUAGAUCAGUGUAUUUAGGUCCUAAUUAUUUUGGUUUUAACUAGUUUUAAAAAUGGGAGAAACAUCCCCUAAAGCAUACUUGAAAAACAUCUUUCCUCCCACUAAAAGUGUAGCUUUGUCCCAGCAGAAAUUGUAAAUGGCAUCCAAUCAAACACCAAGGACCUUGGUAAAACUAAAUGAGAUAUUGUGACUGAUAGGUUCAGCAGCAAAAAUGAUUGCAUUUCCUGGCAGAUUGCAGAGGAGGCUUGUGUAUGUGUGAAUAAACCAGACUUAAUUCCAGCUUUUAUCAAAUGGCUGGGUUCCCACAUACAUAUUUCUCUAAGAAAUCAGGGCAAGGAGGUUUCAAAUUAACAGCUUGCUGAGCCAGUGCAUGGGUCCCUCACAUCAAGCUGAUUAUUUUACUACGUGGGUGCAACAGAAUCAAACAUUGGUGCAUCUCAUUAACUCAAGCCUUUUCUGAACAGCAAACACCAAGCACCAAGACAAUGGAAACCAUCCUGAACCAAACUAAAACUCAGCAAAACAUUCCAGUCUUUGGGGUAUUUUGCAUUCCAUUCUUUACUUCUGCCACACAUUCUGCUUGAAAGAGGGAACAUUAAAAGUUACUUUAACAUGUUCUACUGUCGCUUCAUAAAAGGUAGAUGAGAGCUCCUAGUCGCAAAUUUACCAAGAAAGUGGAUGUUCUGGUGACAAAAUGGUAUUUUAUAAAUUCCCUCCUGAACUCAUUGCAAUCCUCUCCUCCUACCACCCCAGUUCCAUUUUGACAUUGGAGAGCCAUUUCAAGGACUGCUUCCCAGCAACGCAGUCAGCCAGCCACCAGGGAUAUAGUUGCCUUAUAUAUGGACAUUAAGUACAGUUUCUGUGUUAACCUUCCUCGGGAGAGUGAUGCCAAAACAAAAAUCAUACAUUUAACUAAAUUCCAUGCACACAGUCCAUCAACCCCUUAAAGGUAUUUUUGCUCCACAUGCCACCCACUUAAAUGCCACCCCUUUGAUCAUUCGCCCACCCCCGUAAUAAUGACCCUUUAACCAACUAUUUCCUUUUAAAAAUUUAGGGACCUGAUUUAUCACGAACUUUAGUCACUGGUUUGUGUGAUUUCCUUACAUCUUGGCCCUCUUAUUAAUAUCAUAUUGAACAGUCAAAUGCAGAAUCAUCUGUCAAAUUCUUUAUAAUCCUUGACUAUUCUUUCCAUUUCCAGCAGGAAAACAUUUCCAAUAGCACAAGUCUCUCUGCACAGUUUCACUGCCAACAUUGUGUGUUUAUACGAGGCAGUCAAAAAUGGUUAGGCUAAAGUGUGCUUUGUACCCAGAUUAUGUACAACAUUACUUGUAUGUAGGUACCGGUUGCCUUUUUAAUGCUGUGCUGUCAAACCUUUAAUAACUUGCAUUUCUGCACAAGGGGUCUCUCCUAUUCCAUAAAACCUUGCGACUGCAAGCAUUUUUUUUCUUUUUUGUUCUAUUUCUUUCACAUCUUCACUUAAAUUGCACCCGUCUGCCCAUCCUGUUAUUCUCAUACAGCUAAUCUUAGUUCAUUCUGUAGGUCCAAUCUCUCUAACUCCAUUAUUAAUUGAGAGCAUUAUAGGUUUACAUAUUAGGACAGAAGUGGCACAUUGGAACAUUCAUGUAGUACUGUGAACAACAGAGAUGCCAAAGGUGGUGUGAAAAAGAUAAUGAUGUCAGAACUGAAGAGGCUUUUACACAUCAGGAAAGAUUCAACAAGCUGGGGCUCCCUUCUCUGUGAAAUACUGAGGGUGGCAGUCUAACAGACCAAGGUUAUGGAACUUUGCCAGGCCAGAGUGAGAGGUUUCCAUGGUGGUGACUAGAACUAUGGCUUUUUAUACAAGUUGGUCACUAAUAAAUCCAACAGGAAAUUCUUUCAGCAGAGGGUUUGUGAGAGGGAGGAACUCGCUGCUAGAGGCAGUCAUUGAAGAAAAUAACUGAGGCAUCCAUGGAAUUCCAGAUAAGCAGAGGGAAAAAAGUGCAAGAUAUCUUAUGGAGUUAGAUGAAGGGUGAGAGGAGGCUCAUAUGAAAUGUAAACACUGGCAUAGACUUGCUGGACUAAAUUAACAGUUUCUGUGCUGCAAGUACUUUGUGAUUGUAAAAUAUAAAGGUUCUUUUCCUUGUUCAAAACGAAAUCAAAUCAAUAACUACUUUUGGAUGUGACGCUACUUGUGAGCUUUUGUUCAAUGAUGUUUAGAAGCCAAUGAAUUAUUUUUCAGGCACACAGAUACUUAAAUGAAUGGCUUCAUGUAAUUACUCUGUAAUUAUCUAAAAGUAAUUAUCGAACGUAUGUUUAAGGAAAUUUGUUGAGAGU